AUGCGAUUUAAUCAACUCUGGCUUCUAGUAAGCCUUCCUCUGGGGUUUUCUGCGUCUUUUAGGAUCGGACAGGGUCUUACAGCAGCGUUAGACCAACAAUGCUCUGCACAGGUUGAACGACAACCGGUGUAUGCUGCUGCGCCCACUUCCAGUGGAACGAUUUACCAGGUGCUCUCUGAUGACCCCAAAUUCUCGCGAGUGGUCAAAGCGAUCAACUUCGUCGAGGAUGUAGUAUCUCUUCUCGAUGAUUCGUCUGUGGAAUUAACCUUCUUUGCUCCUCCGGACCAAGCACUUCAUCAUCCAGACCACCCUCAUAAGCUUCUUCCGCCCAUUGCUGGUGAAAGGCCAGAACAGACCAUCGGCUCUUACUCCAGAUUGAAGGCUUCCAUCAGACAGGAUAUCAAAACAACAGGCAAUGUCGACGAAUUCAAGUACAUCUCAGAAUUCAAAAAUUUAGAAGAUGCCAUUGAAUUGCUCGACCAGUUUGAAGCACUCUCCAAUGAUGAUGACGGCGACGACAAGAAAUGCAAAGAGAUACUCAAAUUUAUCUUGCGAGCUGUGCUGCAUUAUCACAUCAUCCCCGAGAGUCACGACGUCCAUGAAUUAACACGCAAUACGACGUACCCAACCAAACUCACCAUUCCAGGGGCAUCUGACGGUCAACCACUACGGCUCAGAGUUUCGCAGUCGGUCAUUCCCCCAUUCACUGCCAUCAACUUUUUUGUGCGGGUGUCUCACCCAAAUAUCAAGGCAAACAAUGGCAUCAUUCACGUUGUCAAUCACCCAAUUAUUCCACCUCCUUCGGUAUUUCAAGAAUUAUACUUAGCCCCUCGCCACUUUUCAACUCUGACGUCAGCACUUCAGCGGUCCGAGUUGACAACGGACGUUGAUCUCAGAUACGUCCAUGGCAAAGGGUUUGCCGGAGCAUCUUUGGUGACUGUAUUUGCCCCCACGAAUCGUGCCUUUAAAGCCUUGCCAAUGAAGUUACAAUUGUUCUUGUUCUCGCCAAUUGGAGAAAGAAUCUUGAAGAAAAUACUUCAGUACCAUAUCGUUCCAGACAUCGUGGUGCACUCAAAUUUCGUCCAUCAUACCAAAGCCCAUGACCUUCCGGACGAGGCUAUCGCUUAUUUUGACGCAAAGCCUCAAAUCAUUGGUAUCUCUGACUCGAAUAUGCUUUUUGAUAUCGAGGAACGGAAGUGGCCUGUAUUUUCGUUGUUACAUUCUGGUUUAACUCGUCGCGGUGAACGUAAACCGCACGUGGAGCCUGUAUUUUCGACCAACCUCACUCUCGACACACUUUUUGUUAACCACACACUCCGCACACACAUCUCUCAACACAAGAUCAACUUUCCUUUCCCUGGGCCAAAACGACCCUCCAUCAUUGACACCAAAGUGUUCGUCAACCAUCAUCCUGUGGUCGCCGCCGACGUGGUCAGCUUAAACGGUGUUGUCCAUGUCAUCGAUCGGUUACUGGAUCCACGCAAAGGCAAAGGUCACCACGGCCACCAUCAUCAUCAUGAGAAAUCAUCUCGUGUACGCAAGUAUGAUGAUGAUUGUCAUGACCGCUCGCAUGAUGAUCGCCACCAUCACAAACAUCACCACAAGCACCAUAAACAUCAUAAACACGAGGAGACGGAUGUCUAUGCCGCAGAAUAUGAUGAUGUGUGGAGCGAUUGGGAGAGUUGGUUGAUCAAGUGGGCGGAUGAACAGGAUUGA